ACGUAACUUGAAGAAAGCAAGUUAAUUUUUACUGUAUCUACUUCAAUGUGAACUGAUUGUUUAAACUAAGUAGCUUUAUCUUUGAUAGACCUGUAUUAAGUUCGCUUGAAAAUGGCACUCGACCGGAACGAGUCAAAGAAACUUCGAUUGGAAGAAAAUAUCCCUGAGCCCAUUUCUCCUAUCGUAUCUUACGGAUCUGUCGUUCUUUUUAGCUUGCUUCUCAUUUUAGCAGGAAUGAAUAUUUCCAGCGUCGCGCCAUUUUUCCCGACAGAAGCUCGCGAAAGAAAUAUUUCUGUACCGACAACUGGAAUUAUUGUCGCAAGUCUUCAAAUAUCACAAGGAUUUUUCGGCUUUCUGUUUUUGUUCACAGUGUCCGACAAGCAAAAAAUUUGGUUCGCAUAUGUCGGGUUUGUACUGUCGGGGUUAAUGUGUGUUAUUUUUAGUUUGUCUUACCAUUUCAACUCCAAACAUUUGUUUGUUUUGUGGUGUUCUGUGACGCGUAUUCUAAUUGGGAUGGGAGGUGCAUGUAAAUGGGCUACAAGUGCACCUAUUCUCAUACCUCUUUUCCCAAAUAAAGCCGGAAUCAUUUUUAGCACACUCGAGGUAUCCGCUAAUUUUGGACUCAUGAUUGGACCCCCUCUUAGCAGCUGGCUUUACUCGCUAGGGGGCUACAAGUUUCCUUUCAUUGUCAUGGGAGCUACUGAAUUAUUCGUCGGUUUUCUAUGCUUUGUAGCAACUCGGUCGCUACAGAAUCGACUGCCUAGGCAAUCUUCUCAGCAGAGACAAGAAACGGAGUUCAGUCUGAAACCAGCAUUGCGGUUUUUAUCCCUGCCAGGCGUGUGGGCGAUCACGCUUCCUUUUAUGGUUGUUUUGGCCCAGUUGGGAUUUUUGUCAGUGACGUUGGCGCCUCAUUUGCUCGACACUUUUAACAUCGAUGGAACUAAAUCGGGAACAAUUUUUCUAAUUCACGCGAGUAUGUCGACCUUGACUUGUUUUUUAUAUGGCUACUUACUUGACAAGGGAUAUGCGAAAAUAACGUUUUUCAUCUGUCUAGCUCUGACGUCCCUGGGAUAUUUCGUUUUGGCGUUGCCCUUCGUCGGAUUUGAUCACCCCAAGUUAACAUUAUACGCAGGACUAUCAAUUCUUGGCGUUUCCUCAAACGGCGGAUACCUUCCAUGUUUUUUUCUCUUCUCCGAAGUCGGGAAACGAAACAAAUUUGCAGCAGAAGAAAGUUUAAGGAUUUGUAUUUUCACGUGGAUUACUGCCUCUUAUUCCAUCGCCAUAGUCAUUGGGCAAUAUUUAGUGGGGGGACUAUUUUUCUCCUGCUUCAAUUUCUACCAGUCCAGCUUGCUACUGUCAGGAGUAACGUUUCUGCUGGCAACUGUUGCCGGAAUUUAUGUCGCCAUUUCAGAUGCAAAUUACAAGGGAGAAUACAAACCUCUCUGAUGUUAUUACACUUGCGAGAACAAGGGACUUGUAAUCGGGAACUAGACUUCUUUUCCCGUAAACAACUUCUCUUACAAGUUUAGCUACACGUAUUUCUUAGAUUGCUCAUAAAUCACCUACUGCACGUAUUUCUUACAUUGUACAAGCCCACUUGCUCAAGAUCAAU